UUAAGCUCUCUCCAAAGUCCUUCACUCUCUGUGUUUUUGACUUUGUGCGCGCCUCGGCUGCAACCAAGACCAACAUGACCGACUACGACGCUGCAACUGCCUUCCUCGGGGAGUGGGGACGCUUCCAAAAAGAGGUGUUUUUCCUGCUCUGUCUGAGCGUCGUCCCGAACGGCUUCAGCGGCCUUUCCAUCGUCUUCGUCGCCGACACGCCGCCGCACAUGUGCCUCAUUCCCGCGCACGUCAACCUCACCGCUGCGUGGAGGAACAGCAGCAUCCCACUGGAGGAGGAGAGCAACAGCGGCGCGUUGGUGCGCAGCAAGUGCUCCAGAUACAAACUGGAAGAUGUGAAGCGUUUCUCGGACGGAGGCUUGCUGCCCGGCGUUGAUGUUGACCUUACCAAUGUGUCGACGGAGAGCUGCUUGGAUGGGUGGGAGUACGACCGGAGCGUGUAUAUUUCUACCAUCAUAUCAGAGUGGGACCUGGUGUGUGACAACAGGUGGAAAAAUCCGUUGACUUCUUCCCUCUUCUUCUGUGGUGUCCUCACUGGCUCCUUCAUUUCAGGACAGCUCUCUGACAGGUACGGGAGAAAAAUAGUGUUCUUCGUUACCAUGGCGGUGCAGACGUUGUUCACGUUAUUUCAGGUCUUCUCUCCAUCCUGGACGGUGUUCUGCGCCAUGUUCUUUGUUGUCGGGUUGGCACAAAUCUCCAAUUAUGUGGCUGCGUUUGUGCUGGGGACAGAGAUAUUGGGCCCAGGUGUUCGGACGGUUUUCUCCACAGCGGGUGUGAGUCUUUUCUUUGGAGCGGGCUACAUGCUGCUGCCGCUGUUUGCUUACUUCCUCAGAGACUGGAGGAAGCUUCUCCUCGGCAUCUCGCUGCCUGGCUUCCUCUAUGUGCCUCUCUGGUGGUACAUCCCUGAGUCUCCUCGCUGGCUGCUCUCCCAGGGAAGAGUGGAGGAGGCCGAGGCCAUACUGAGAGAUGCUGCUAAGAGGAACAAAAUCCAGCCUCCGCCGGUCAUCUUCAGUCCUUUGCAGAAAGAACUUCAAUGUGAGAUGAGGAAGGCGCACAACAUCUGUGACCUGCUUCGUUCUCGAAACAUCCGCUGGAUAUCUCUCACGCUGUGGCUGGUUUGGAACACCGUGUCCAUCGCUUACUUUGCUCUUUCCCUGAACACGGCGAACCUUCACGGUAACGCAUACUUCAACUCUUUCCUGUCGGCGGUGGUUGAGAUGCCAGCCUACAUUCUGUCAUGGGCUAUGUUUCGCUGGUGUUCCAGACGGCUGAGUCUUUUCUCAACACUCUUCAUGGGAGGAUUGUUUCUACUCUUCGUAAAACUCAUACCAGCAGACCUGAUUUAUCUCGCCAUAACGCUCGAGAUGAUGGGGAAGUUUGCCGUGACGGCGGCGUUUGCGAUAGUGUACGCAUACACAGCUGAACUCUACCCAACCGUCGUGAGGAACACGGCGGUGGGCGCCUGCUCCAUGGCUUCCAGAAUAGGCAGCAUCAUUGCCCCGUACUUCAUUUACUUAAGAAGCUAUUCCAUUUCACUGCCUUACAUCCUUAUGGGAAGCAUUACAGCUCUGUCAGGGUUGCUGAGUCUCCUGCUGCCUGAGAGCUAUGGAAUGCCGCUGCCCGACACCAUCGCUCACAUGCAACACUUCCCCGGAUGUUGUCAGAAGACACUGUAUACACUCACACACAGCGAAGAAAAGGAAAACGCUGCUGACAAGAAGUCUUCAGUUGUCCUCUGAAGAAGGAGCCACACCGAUAUCCGGCUUGAGAUGAAUAACUGGACAACCUUCACGUCUCUGUCCAUGUUUUUGGUAAAUAUACACUCGUCAGAAAUAACUGAAGAGGAUUAUUGUUUUCUGGAUUUGUACGCGGCUGCAACAGGACCAAGGAACAUGACAGUUUUAGAAGCAAUAUAAUGUGUGUCUUAAAAUAUCUCUACGAAACUGGAGUAAUGAUUUCAUCAAAAUACUGUCAAAUGAAAAGUACAACAAUUGUCUGCACUAAAUAUGCUCUGCAACGAUGCAAUUGUUACCAUAUUCACAUGAUACUGAUGUUCACAGUCAUAAAAGAUGAAAGUGUGCAAUUAAAAAAAUAAAAUAAACAGCACAUAAACAUAAAAAAAAAUUUCUUAUAUUCUGACAACAAUAUAAUUAGAACCAGUAGCCAGGUUUAGGGUGUUAUGGUGCAUCUUUUACAUCACAUUUAACACAGUUCAGUUCAUAAUUAAUAUUUGAUUUACAUAUUUGUGAUCUGAGAUAACAUGCACAGACUGCAAGCACAAUUUGAUUUACUCCAAAAUGUUUGACUCAAGUUUUAAUUAUUUUAAUUUCAUUUCUUGGUGAUGUAACUUCAUUAAAUCUACUUGUACUGAUUGUUUCUGAGAACAGUAGGAAUACUAGUGCAACUAGAGGUAAUAGCUCAACAGUUAUGAUUAACUCAUGUAGUUAACUCACGACAAUCAGUUGAUUUUCGAAAGCAUCGGAGGUUUUGAAUGUUUUCUUCUUGUGAUGAAUGGGCACUUUAUGCUGUAGUGACAAAAGACAAAUAAACAAACCAUCAUGUGGUUUUCAGAAUACAGAAAAAUAUAUGUAAAAAAGCUGCAAUCUGCAAUUCUGUUCGUUUUUGUUGCUAUUUUCUUGCCUGAAUACCAGCACCUGUUGCAGUUUUAGCAGAUAUAAUCUUCAUUCAUCCCCAGGGGGAAAUUAGUAAAGUACAAUAACUUGGUAGAUUUUUCAGCCAUGGUGAAUGUCUGCUAUUCAAUUUUCAUUUAUUAAUUUACCAGGACAGUGCACAUUAAUUAACAUUUCCGUUUCCACCUCAGAGUUAGCUGGAGAGCUACUUUUGUCUGUAGUCUACAUAAGUGUAUUGUAUACGAAGACAUAUGUAUUGCUUAAGGAACCCACCUUUCUCUCUUAUGCAUCUGUUGAAUAGUUUGAGGUAGAGGUCGUCCGAAACUCUCUGGCAGGAGGAGAGUAGCAAAGGCAGACACAACAGCCAGGGUCCCCAUUACAAUAUAAGGCAGGUACUUAAAGUAUACACCUGCACAAGGAGAAGAGAACGUUUGGAUGAAGGAAGUCUUUGGUCAGUGUUUUUUGCACGUUGUAAAUAUUUACUGUAUGUGAAUUAAUUAGUGUGCAUAGCAUCCAAACUAAAAUAGGUGAAAUCAGAUGGUUAUCUGUUUGAAGCUACAACAAGGAACUUUCAUUUUGUGUUGAUGUUGUUGGUCCCUGUGGAUAAAACUGGUGGUGAUUCCGAGCACCAGAG